AUGACAAGUUCAUACAUGUGUAUACGUCAAAGUCAGCGUGGCCUGUGUUCCAGCAGUGUGUUACACAUCCACGAAAGACGCUUCCCUGUCCUGCUGGAAGAAUCUGCAGGACGUGAAGAGCUGACUGAAAACCUCCGAGCCGUCCCGCUCAACUCCACCGGCUUAGCCUUCAGGCACACGGGCCACUGCGAGUACGAGAGGCAGCGCUGCUCCAACCUGAUCGGAGCCUUCUGCCCGAGGUGCGACGCCAGCGGGAACUUCCUGCCGCAGCAGUGCUCGGCGUCCACCGGGUACUGCUGGUGCGUCGACCCCGUCAGUGGAGCGGAGAUACCGAACACGCAGACGCCGCCGGGGAGCGUUCCUGUCGACUGCAACAAAGCAAACUACUGCCCCUAUGGCUGGAGCCACUAUGGAAAAAGGUGUUUCAUCUUCAUCAAUGCCCCGAAGACCUGGACUGAAGCUGAGAUUUACUGCCAGUUUGAUGGAGCCAACCUGGCGUCAGUCCACAGCUAUGAGGAGAAUCACUUCGUCAUGUCUUUGACCAGAGGAAACACCUACGACUUCCCCGAGGCCUGGAUCGGCGGCUCUGAUGUCAUACACCCCGGCUUCUGGAUGUGGAGUGACGGCUCCAAGUUUGACUAUGAAAACUGGUACGACGAACACCACGAUGAGGAGGAAGGCUCCUGCCUGAAGAUGAAUUAUGAAUAUGACCUGAAGUGGUUUCACAGUCCCUGUAACGAGUCUUAUCCCUUUGUCUGUGCCAAGAAGUGCUGA